AUGAAGUCGGGACUACCGAAACCCGUGCACAGCGCCGCUCCCAUCCUGCACAUCCCAACGGCGAGGACCAGCCCGCAGCCCUGCUACCUCAAGUUCGGCAACAAGGUGGAGGUGACCAAGCCGCUGUAUUCCAGCCAGAUCCCUCUCAAAUCUCCCAGCGGCCAGGAGAGCGUAGGAGACGGCCUCGUGCCGAGGAAGAGCAGCUCGGGAGAGAACGGCUUCGACACGCAGAACCCGACCUGCUCUGCGAAUGCACCUUUCUUUGCUUCAAUAUUCAAUUUUGAGAUACGGUCUUCUGAGGCCUAUCCUGGACAUGAGAGACGAGGCAUCUUAGUCCAGAUUUAUACCGACUGGGCUAAUCACUACCUAGCAAAAUCUGGCCACAAGAGGUUAAUAAAGGAUCUCCAGCAAGAUGUGACUGACGGCGUUUUAUUAGCUGAAAUUAUCCAGGUUGUAGCAAACGAAAAGAUUGAAGACAUCAAUGGCUGCCCCAAAAAUAGAUCUCAAAUGAUUGAAAACAUAGAUGCAUGCCUGAGUUUCCUGGCUGCUAAAGGAAUUAACAUACAGGGGCUGUCAGCAGAAGAAAUCAGGAAUGGGAAUCUGAAGGCCAUCCUGGGCCUUUUCUUCAGCCUGUCCCGCUACAAGCAGCAGCAGCAGCAGCAGCCGCCGAAGCAGCCGCCGCCGCAGCCGUCCCCGCCGCCCGCCCUGCCAGCCCAGUGCCAACCGCCCCAGCAAGCUGCCCAGCAGCAGGUCAAAGCACAACCAGAAAUGCAGUCAAGUGCAUCUCCCAGGGACUCAUCUCAAAGCAAAAUCAUCCGAUUCACUCUUGGUCAGAAAAGGUCUUCUAGACUUCCAGGCCCCACCGCGAGGGUGUCCGCUGCAGGCAGUGAGGCCAAAACUCGUGGUUCUCUUAGUGCCAACAAUCGACGCAGCCAGAGCUUUAACAAUUAUGACAAAUCCAAGCCUGGAAUUUCCCCUUCAACAUCAACAAGUAGCAACGAGAAAGACUCUGCGGACAGCACCGCUUCCCAGCCCGCAGGAAUGAAUGAGAAUGUGUCCUCCUCAGUUCAAAGCUGCGGCAGUGCUCUCGGUUGCAACAACUCCUCAGCCAUCCCCCAGCCCAGCUCUGCUAUUAAACCCUGGCGCAGCAAAUCCCUUAGUGCUAAGCACACAGCUACGUCUUCCAUGCUAUCUGUAAAGCAGCCGGUGUYAGAGCCUCCAAAGCCACCGUCGGAAAUGGUCAAAACGGCGCCCAACGGCCAAAAAUCCAUGCUUGAGAAAUUAAAACUCUUCAAUAGCAAAGGAGGCUCCAAAGCAGGAGGGACAGCGCUCGAGGGUCCAGGGUCUCAGGAGAACAGCUGUGAAAAGCUGGAGAUKCUCCCGAGCUUUGAGGAAAGUGAAGAAAUUGAUGCCACAAAUCAAAAUGUGAACAACCCAGGACCAAUGUCCAGCAGUCCCAAAAUUGCACUCAAGGGCAUUGCACAAAGAACUUUUAGUCGGGCACUGACUAAUAAGAAAAGCUCUCCAAAGGGGAACGAGAAGGAUAAAGAGAAGCAGAAAGAGAAAGAAAAGGAGAAAAGUAAAGAAACUGCAAAAAGAACAUCCRUCACGGAAAAGCUGGACAUAAAAGAGGAGCCAAAAGAAGAGCAGACAGCGCUAGCAACAACAGAGAUGCCAAAAAAGUCCUCAAAGAUUGCGAGCUUUAUCCCGAAAGGAGGAAAGCUGAAUAGUGCCAAGAAGGAGGCCUCUGCCCCUUCGCAUAGUGGAAUACCAAAACCAGGAAUGAAAAACACCACAGGGAAAUCCUCAAGUGCCCCAGCGUCUGCGAAAGAAAGUGAGAGAAGCCGCAGUGGGAAACCUGGCUCGGGGCUCUCUCAUCAGAAGACUCAGCUAGACAGCAGGAACUCCAGCUCCUCCUCGAGUUUAGCCUCUUCCGAAGGGAAAGGAGGUCUCAACAGCAGCAACAGCAGCCACGCUGUCAAUGGAGCGGCAGCUACGACGCAAACCACGGGAAGCAACACUGUGAGUGUUCAGCUACCUCAUCCCCAGCAGCAAUACAACCACCCGAACACCGCCACAGUCGCUCCGUUUAUGUACAGGUCACAGACGGACACCGAAGGCAAUGUGACGGCCGAGGCCAGCACGGGAGGGCUCAGCAUGGAUUCCACGCUGUACGUCAAAACUGGACAGCCGGGGCUCGAGGAUCUCGCAGGAGAGGAUCCGGAAACUCGGCGAUUACGAACUGUGAAGAACAUUGCUGACCUUCGGCAGAACCUAGAGGAGACCAUGUCCAGCUUACGGGGAACCCAGGUCACUCACAGCACACUGGAAACGACGUUUGACACCACCGUCACCACGGAAAUCAGCGGCCGCAGCAUCCUCAGCCUCACGGGCAGACCCACCCCCUUGUCGUGGCGACUGGGCCAGUCGAGCCCCCGCCUGCAGGCGGGCGACGCGCCCUCCGUGGGCAACGGGUACCCGCCGCGGGGCAACGCCAGCCGCUUCGUGAGCGCCGAGGCCGGGCGCUACGUGUACGCGGCGCCGCUGCGCAGGCAGCUGGCGGCGCGCGGCGGCGGCCCCGGGGACCUCGGCGACAAGGCCGGCGGCGAGCUGGAGCUGGAGGGCAUCGCCAUGGAUGCCACGGGCUACAUGAGCGAUGGAGACGUGCUGGGCAAGAACAUCAGGGCCGAUGAUAUCACGAGCGGGUAUCUCACUGAUGGCGGCCUGGGCCUGUACGCGCGCAGGCUGACGCGGCUGCCCGACGGGAUGUCCGCCGUGCGCGAGGCGACGCCGCGCAGCGCCGCGCUCGGCCUGGGAGAUGCCGACAGCUGGGAUGACAGCAGCUCAGUCAGCAGCGGCAUCAGCGACACCAUAGAUAAUCUCAGUACGGAUGACAUCAACACAAGCUCCUCUAUCAGUUCUUAUGCCAACACCCCUGCCUCGUCCCGCAAAAACAUAGAUGCACAGACUGAUGCAGAAAAACAUUCCCAGGUUGAGCGGAAUUCCUUAUGGUCUGGCGAUGAAGUCAAGAAAUCAGAUGGAGGAUCAGAUAGCGGCAUAAAAAUGGAGCCGGGAUCUAAAUGGAGACGGAAUCCCUCUGAUGUGUCUGAUGAAUCUGAUAAAAGCACUUCUGGUAGGAAGAACACUGUUAUUUCGCAGACGGGUUCCUGGCGACGGGGCAUGUCAGCUCAGGUUGGCAUUACCACACCAAGGACUAAACCUUCAACCCCCUCAGGCACGUUAAAGACACCUGGAACAGGGAAAACUGAUGACGCCAAGGUAUCAGAAAAGGGUAGACUAUCUCCUAAAGCUGGACAUGUUAAACGUUCCCCAUCAGAUGCAGGACGCAGCAGUGGUGAUGAAUCCAAAAAGCUUCCCACAAGUAACUCUAGAACAACUGCUGCUAAUGCUAAUGCAUUUGGAUUUAAGAAACAAAGCGGGUCAGCCAUAGGCAUGACUAUAAUCACUGCCAGUGGGGCAACUAUCACCAGUAGAUCGGCCACCCUGGGAAAAAUCCCAAAGUCAUCUGGACUCAUGGGUAGGACCGCUGGUCGGAAGACUAGUGUUGAUGGCUCUCAGAACCAGGAUGAUGGCUACUUAGCGCUUAGUGCCCGAACUAAUCUUCAGUACCGUAGCUUACCCCGGCCCAGUAAGUCCAGUAGCAGAAGUGGAGCCGGGAAUAGAUCUAGCACCAGUAGCAUAGACUCCAACAUAAGCAGCAAGUCAGCCGGGUUGCCUGUCCCCAAAAUGAGAGAGCCGGCCAAGGUAAUGCUUGGAAGCUCUCUGCCAGGAUUAGUCAAUCAGACUGAUAAAGAGAAAGGGAUUUCGUCUGACAACGAAAGCGUGGCCUCAUGUAAUUCUGUUAAAGUGAACCCUGCGUCCCAGACUGCUUCUAGCGGAGCUCAAAGUACCCACCAGCAAGGAGCCAAGUACCCCGAUGUGGCCUCUCCCACUUUGCGCAGACUUUUCGGUGGAAAGCCUAGUAAACAGGUUCCCCUCACAACCGCGGAAAAUAUGAAAAAUUCGGUUGUCAUCUCCAACCCUCAUGCGACUCUGAACCAACAGGGUAACCCGGAUUCCCCCUCUGGCAGCGGUGUGCUGAGCAGCGGGGGCAGCAGCCCUCUGUAUGGCAAAAACACCGACAUGAACCCAUCCCCACUGGCUUCUAGCCCCAGUUCGGCGCAUUCAGCCCCUUCCAACAGUUUGACGUGGGGGACCAACGCGAGCAGCUCUUCUGCCGUGAGCAAGGAUGGCAUUGGAUACCAAUCUGUGAGCAGCCUGCACACCAGCUGUGAAUCCAUUGAUAUCUCCCUGAGCAGCGGCGGGGGGCCGAGCCACAACUCCUCCACUGGCUUGAUUGCGGCUUCCAAAGAUGAUUCCUUGACCCCCUUUGUCCGAACCAACAGUGUUAAGACUACGCUGUCGGAAAGCCCUCUUUCUUCCCCUGCUGCUAGUCCCAAAUUCUGCAGAAACACUUUGCCCAGGAGACAGGACAGCGACCCACACCUUGAUAGGAAUACUUUGCCUAAGAAGGGACUCAGAUACGCUCCUUCAUCCCAACUUCGCACUCAGGACGAUGCAAAGGAAUGGUUGCGGUCCCAUUCGGCCGGAGGCCUUCAGGACACUGCUGGCAAUUCUCCCUUUUCAUCCGGAUCCAGCAUCACAUCACCCUCUGGAACUCGAUUUAACUUCUCGCAGCUUGCAAGUCCAACUACAGCCGCCCAGAUGAGUCUGUCAAACCCAACCAUGCUGCGGACUCACAGCCUUUCCAACGCCGACGGUCCGUACGACCCUUACAGUGACACCCGCUUCAGGAACAGCUCCAUGUCCCUGGAUGAGAAAAGCAGGACCAUGAGCCGCUCUGGCUCCUUCCGUGAUGGCUUUGAAGAAGUGCACGGUUCUUCUCUCUCCUUGGUGUCCAGCACAUCUUCCAUAUAUUCCACACCUGAAGAGAAGUGCCAGUCAGAGAUUCGCAAGCUACGAAGAGAGUUGGAUGCGUCCCAAGAAAAAGUGUCUGCUCUGACAACUCAGCUGACUGCCAACGCUCACCUGGUAGCAGCCUUUGAGCAGAGCCUGGGGAACAUGACCAUCCGACUGCAAAGCCUGACCAUGACAGCUGAGCAAAAGGAUUCAGAACUGAAUGAGUUAAGGAAGACUAUCGAACUCCUCAAGAAGCAAAAUGCUGCUGCCCAGGCUGCCAUUAAYGGAGUCAUCAACACACCUGAGCUCAACUGCAAAGGUCCUGGAGCUGCUCAGCCAACAGACCUGCGGAUCCGAAGGCAGCACUCGUCGGACAGCGUCUCCAGUAUCAACAGCGCUACCAGCCACUCCAGCGUGGGCAGCAACAUAGAAAGUGACUCAAAGAAAAAGAAGAGGAAGAACUGGGUCAAUGAGCUACGCAGCUCCUUCAAGCAAGCUUUUGGUAAAAAAAAAUCUCCCAAGUCAGCAUCUUCUCAUUCAGAUAUUGAGGAGAUGACCGAUUCUUCAUUACCCUCCUCACCCAAGCUACCACACCACAACUCGACCGUUUCAACCCCUCUGCUGAGAGCUUCUCAUUCCAAUUCUCUUAUUUCUGAAUGCACAGACAGUGAAGCUGAAACAGUCAUGCAGCUACGCAAUGAGCUGAGAGACAAAGAGAUGAAGUUGACUGAUAUUCGUCUGGAAGCCCUCAGCUCUGCUCAUCAGCUCGACCAGCUUCGGGAGGCCAUGAACAGAAUGCAGAGUGAGAUUGAAAAACUGAAAGCAGAAAAUGAUCGGCUGAAAUCUGAAAAYCACGGCAGCUGUAGCAGGGCUCAGUCUCAGGUUUCCAUUUCAUCCUCCCCAAGACAUUCAGUGGGUCUCUCUCAACACAGCUUGAACCUCACGGAGUCAACCAGUCUCGACAUGCUGCUAGAUGACCCAGGCGAUGGCUCGGCACGGAAAGAAGGUGGCCGGCAUGUUAAAAUAGUGGUCAACUUUCAGGAUGAAAUGAAAUGGAAGGAGGACGCCAGGCCCCGCGCUUUCCUCAUCGGCUGCAUCGGUGUCAGUGGCAAGACCAAAUGGGAUGUCCUGGACGGCGUCGUUAGGCGGUUGUUCAAGGAGUAUAUCAUUCACGUGGAUCCAGUGAGUCAGCUGGGACUGAAUUCAGACAGUGUUCUGGGCUAUAGCAUUGGGGAAAUCAAACGCACGAACAGUGCGGAGACGCCUGAACUGCUGCCCUGCGGCUACCUCGUUGGAGAAAACAACACCAUUUCAGUUGCUAUCAAAGGUAUCUGUGAGAACAGUUUGGACUGCCUGGUGUUUGAAUCGCUGAUUCCCAAGCCGAUCCUGCAGCGCUACGUGUCUCUCUUGAUGGAACAUAGACGGAUUAUCUUGUCUGGCCCCAGUGGCACUGGGAAAACCUACCUGGCAAAUCGCCUCUCUGAGUACAUGGUCCUUAGAGAAGGCAGGGAGCUGGCUGAUGGAAUUAUUGCAACCUUCAACGUGGACCAUAAAUCUAGCAAGGAACUCCGCCAGUACCUGUCGAACCUAGCAGACCAGUGUAAUAGUGAAAAUAAUGCUGUUGAUAUGCCUCUUGUCAUCAUUUUGGACAAUUUGCAUCACGUUAGCUCCCUGGGCGAGAUCUUUAACGGUCUUCUAAACUGCAAGUACCACAAAUGUCCGUAUAUUAUUGGCACUAUGAACCAAGCCACCUCUUCAACACCUAAUCUUCAGCUUCACCAUAAUUUCAGAUGGGUGCUGUGUGCUAAYCACACUGAGCCAGUCAAGGGCUUUCUUGGUCGUUUCCUGAGAAGAAAACUAAUUGAAACAGAAAUUAGUGGCAGGAUGAGAAAUGCAGAGCUGGUUAAAAUCAUUGAUUGGAUUCCCAAGGUCUGGCAACAUCUGAACAAGUUCUUGGAGGCUCACAGCUCCUCUGAUGUUACUAUUGGUCCCCGACUCUUCCUCUCCUGUCCGAUAGAUGUAGAUGGUUCUAGAGUUUGGUUUACUGACUUAUGGAACUACUCUAUCAUCCCGUAUCUCCUGGAGGCAGUUAGAGAAGGCCUGCAGCUGUAUGGGAGGAGAGCUCCCUGGGAGGAUCCUGCCAAAUGGGUGAUGGACACUUACCCGUGGGCAGCCACCCCGCAGCAUCACGAGUGGCCUCCUCUGCUACAGCUACGGCCUGAAGAUGUGGGGUUUGAUGGCUACUCCAUGUCGAGGGAAGGCUCAACCAGCAAACAAGUCCCAGUGAGCGAUGCUGAAGGAGAUCCCUUGAUGAACAUGCUGAUGAGACUGCAAGAAGCAGCCAACUACUCAAGUCCGCAGAGUUACGACAGUGACUCCAACAGCAACAGCCAUCACGAUGACAUCCUCGAUUCAUCUCUGGAGUCAACGUUGUGAUCCUCAGCAGAGAGAAAGAAGUCGUAUCCAUUAUUGCUGUCCUGCAAGAAGCGUAAUGACAAACUCAUGGAAAGGACAUGUUCCUGGGCUAGGCUGGGCUGGUAUCUCAGUAUUAGAGCUGCAAGAACAAGACACUUUUGAGUCAGUCUUGAACCUGGGUGCGGGCAACCCAAACCACCUUUGUAUUGUUUUUUUCUUUUUACAAUAAGAACUGCACUAUUCCUUUGGGGUUUGUUUGGUUUUCUGUUUAGUUGCUGUAAGCUCUCAUGCCUAAGAUACUGAAGACAGUAGAAGUAAUCAUCAUUUCAAAAGAAAGAGAAAGAAAAGUAAAAGGAGGGGGGAACUUCACAGCUAUGAAGCAAACACCUUUGUGCCAUGCACUGUUCAGACAAAGAAGGGAGAGGAAAUUUUUUGCCUAUGCUGCUUCUGACCAAGCAUAUUUAGGUGAGGGCUGGACUUUUACCAAUCAGCUUUGCAGAUUAAACUCAGCUUUGUAUAGUUCUGGUGCUAUCACACUAUUUACUUGCCUUGGUAAAAAUAUCCCAUGAAAGGCAAACCUUCAAAACAGGGAAGUUUGAAAAAAAAUAUAAAAAAUGAUAAAAAUAGAGGGGGAAAGAAGAAGCACUGCUCUCCUUGCCAGUCYGAGACCUCGGCAUGCUUUCGGUGUGCGUUUAUAAUAUGCUCUAUAUAAAUAGGAAUAUAUAUAUUUACCGCCUGAACAAAUCAGGUUCUUCUCAAACACUGUGUCUCAAACAAUCCUACUAAAUGAGGAAGAUCAGGUAGCCCGUUGCUAUCCUGGGCGAUUCCGGGUCUCCUCCCGCCGGCAUCCGCAGACCUCUGCCUGCCUGGGYGCUGGGGUAGGCGAUUUACAGGGAUGAGGGCGACUGGACCACCUCCGCUCUUAAUUCUUUUUAUUUCUUUUUCAAUUCUUGCCAUGAAACGUUACAGCUGUUUUCUGAGAAGUUUGAUUUUCGGGGUGCAGGGGGUGUCAGGGGUUUUUGUUYGGAUCAGCACAACCCUAAAUGGAUUACGGAUUAAAACUCAGCCUUGUGGCGGCUCUGGUGCUACUCUGGCCACAAUAACACUUACACCCAUGACUACUCUUCUUAACUGCAGACAGCAGUAUUUUAGCAGGACCUAGGUCUGUAAAAAGCUAAAUCAAAAUAAAAGAAGGCAGGGAAAGGCCAGUGCAGCAGUGAAGUCUUAGCCGGGCCACGUUCUUGAGUUGUGG